AUGAAUUCGUUCAUCCAAGAGCUGCGCAAUCUGAGCAGCGCUAGCAGCAACAGUAGCUUCGACUCGGGCUUUUCCGCAUCGCCAACAACUCCAGCAGCAUCUGGGGACUCUAACGUCGGUAGUGGCCGGGCCACUGCCAACAACAUCAACAAUCAGCAACAUCAACAGCAGCAGAAUGCCGUCAUCUGGGGCAACAAAUCGCUCUGGGGUCGUCCACCCAUGAGCCCAGCAUCAUCGGCAGCAGGCAAGCCAGACCAGAUCAUCGGAACUAACACUAACAACAGUAUGUACGUUAGCAAAGAUUCUUCUUGUACAACCUCAACAACCGUUACCACUUCCUCCAACUCCUCUUCCUCUUCCUCCUCCACAAUCACUACCACACCGUGGAACACGAUCACUAACACUACGAUCAACCCGGCGUCGUCCAGUACGGCGUCCUUUUCACAAAACAUUUGGGAGCACACGACAAAAACUUUGGGAGGCUGCGGCGGCGUCGAAUCGCUCGGCUCCAUUUGGAUGCAUCCAACAGAGUCGAACGCCGCCGAUCAGAAUAAUGUUUGGGGGAACCUCGCUAACAGUAGCAGCGGCAGUGCCAGCACCAAAUCCCAGUUGAUUCGGCCUACUGAGAUCGCCAGUAGUAGCGCCGCUGCCGCUGACAACAAACUGAGCUCACUGUGGGCACCGUCGCCAAGUGUAGCAGCGUCCGAGGGUAAUGUGCUGAAAUCGCUUCGGCUGGCCGGAACGGUUGGGUCCGGUGGUGGCACCAGUUCGAGCUUCGGGCUCGGCGGACUGACCACCACCCCGACGACCACUCAGCAACUUUUUUCGGACGAUUUUCUCAGCUAUCUACACAACAACAACAACAACAAUUAG